AUGUAAUUUAAGCUGAAAUCUGAAGAACAAGGCGCCAGCAAAGGGUGCUUGGUUAGAGGGACCAGCAGGAGGUAAAGUUGAGGUUGACAGGAGCUUAGGGAUGUUUAGGAACUGCUAGAAUGUAGGAGGCUGAAGCCUAGUGAGCAAGAUGGAGAACUUGGCAGGAGCCAGAUCACGCAGGGCCUUGUAGCCAUUGUCGCAGGGACUGGAAUCUCCGCUCUCGACACAGUGGGAAGCUGUUAGAGGGUUUUAAGCUGUCAGGGAAUGUAGGCUGAUGUUAGAUGGCAGCAGUGGAAGCAGAAAGACUGUUGGCAUUAAGAGCCUGUUGCAGUGGUUCAGACAAGGGAUGGUGGUGGCAGAAACAUUGCAGGACUGAUUGGACUGGCUAAUAGAUUGGAUGUGAGGGCAAGGUGGUCAGAGAAAGAGGAACUAAGAAUGACAUCUGAGUGGAUGGCCAACAGUGGGAGAGGAAGAGGUUUGUGGGAAAGUGGAGUUCUGUUAUUUUGUCUCACCCAUGAAAAGCUGGAGAGCAGAUGGCAAAUGGGCAGCUGGAUAACGAGCUUGGAGUUCAGAGGAGAGGAGUGGGCUGGAGCUAGACUUUUAGGAGUUGUGACCUCGUCCUGAAUGCCGAGAAACGGAUGAGGACCCAUGGCCACAGUAGGGGUUUUGGCCUCUGAUUGAAGGGGGCUCUUCCUCCAUAAUAAAGAGGAAGGAAGGAGAAGAUAGUACCGUUGCAGUUUUCAACUUUGCAGCAGCUACAAGAAGGGACCCUUGAGCCUCCAUGGUCAGAAGGAAAGACAACCCUGCAGCUAGAACACUUCCUUCGGUCCAGAACUAGAGAGCGAGAGCUUUGUUUCCUGACGGAAGUGGGGGGGAAAAAAACCCCGCGAGAGCCGGAAGUUGUGCGUCGCGUCCUCGCGCCGGCCUCCUUGGCCGCGGGGUGAGGCCGCGGCGGACUGCCCUUCCUCAAGAUGGCGCCGAAGAUAGGUUCGCGACGGUGGAUGCUGCAGCUGAUCAUGCAGUUGGGUUCGGUGUUGCUCACACGCUGCCCGUUCUGGGGCUGCUUCAGCCAGCUCAUGCUGUACGCUGAGAGGGCCGAGGCGCGCCGGAAGCCCGACAUCCCAGUGCCCUACCUGUACUUCGACAUGGGGGCGGCCGUGCUGUGCGCUAGCUUCAUGUCCUUUGGAGUGAAGCGGCGCUGGUUCGCUCUGGGGGCCGCACUCCAGCUGGCCGUUAGUACCUACGCCGCCUACAUCGGGGGCUACGUCCACUACGGGGACUGGCUGAAGGUCCGUAUGUACUCUCGCACAGUUGCCAUCAUCGGUGGCUUUCUUGUGCUGGCCAGCGGUGCUGGGGAGCUGUACCGUCGGAAACCCCGCAGCCGUUCCCUCCAGUCCACCGGCCAGGUCUUCCUGGGCAUCUACCUCAUCUGCGUGGCCUACUCGCUGCAGCACAGCAAGGAGGACCGGCUGGCGUAUCUGAACCAUCUCCCAGGCGGGGAGCUGAUGAUCCAGCUCUUCUUCGUGCUGUAUGGCGUCCUGGCCCUGGCUUUCCUGUCAGGCUACUACGUGACCCUGGCUGCCCAGAUCUUGGCUGUUCUACUGCCCCCGGUUAUGCUGCUCAUUGAUGGCAACGUUGCCUACUGGCAUAACACGCGGCGUGUUGAGUUCUGGAACCAGAUGAAGCUCCUUGGAGAGAGUGUGGGCAUCUUUGGGGCCGCUGUCAUCCUGGCCACCGACGGCUGAGUUGCACAGCGGGAGUCUGAGAUGGGUGCAGGGAGCCACUGAGAUCUACCCUACCUUCUUCCUUGCUGGCCCAGUUAUGUUUACUUAUGCUUUUUGGUCUGUUUGUUUGAUCACUUGCGUUGUGUGCAUGUGUGUGCGUACGCAUGUGUGUGCGUGUGUUGGUAAGAGGCAGGUCUCUUCCCCAGUUCCUGGGCUUGGGCCUUGGUGAGGUGGGAGCCCUGAUGACUCUGCCUUACAGGUUUCUUUUUCCUGUUUGUUACGAGGAGAGCUGAGGCCAGCUGCUCCCUUGGGUCUCCUGUCCCAGGGAAGGGAGUAAGGCAGGGCUAGGGUGGGGUACUGAGAGCGGGAGACAGAGGAGAACCGGAAGUGAGCCAAUGUGAAACAGUCCUUUUUCAACCUGGCAGAUGCAGCUAGGCUCCGCAGUGCUUUUCUGAGACUGAGAGCGAGCGAGUGUGCACGUUGACACGUGGCUCAGGCCCAGGAGGAGCAGAGGGGCUGGGCACCACGGAAGUCAUGUGGACUGUCAGGGUGUGCCAGGGGCAGAAACAGCACUAGCUGUCACCCACCUUGAGGGUAGAGCAGGCCCCAGUUUACUCUGGGGUUUGCAGGGGUGGGACAGGCAGCAGCCAGCUUCCUGCCUCUGGCCUUCUGUUUCCAGCUCCGUGGUUGGCCUGGUGGGGGUGAGUGCCCUCCCAAACACCAGACCACACAGUCCUCCAAAAAUAAACAUUUUAUAUAGA